GCCCGGCUUCUCUGCCGCGGCACGGUCUCCGGGCGGGAGAGCUCAUUGCGCGCGGCGAGCCCCGCCUCCCAGCCGGGCGCGGGGCGUGGGCAUGGAGCCGGCCGCCCCCGCCUAGCCCCGGACCCGCGCCGCUGCCUGGGGCGCCCCGACGUCUCCGUGGGGUGGGCCGGGCGCGGCCUGGCGCUGCGCGGAUGGCCCUGCUCGCCGUUCUCCUGGUCCUCUUCUUGACCGCCGCUGGGAGGUGCCAGGAGCAAGCCCAGACCACCGACUGGAGGGCCACCCUGAAGACCAUCCGGAACGGCGUUCACAAGAUUGACAUGUACCUGAACGCCGCCCUGGACCUCCUGGGAGGCGAGGACGGGCUUUGCCAGUAUAAGUGCAGUGACGGAUCUAAGCCUUUCCCACGUUAUGGAUAUAAACCCUCCCCGCCGAAUGGAUGUGGCUCCCCACUGUUUGGUGUUCAUCUUAACAUCGGCAUCCCUUCCCUGACAAAGUGCUGCAACCAACAUGACCGGUGCUAUGAGACCUGCGGCAAAAGCAAAAACGACUGUGACGAGGCGUUUCAGUCUUGCCUGUCCAAGAUUUGCAGAGAUGUGCAGAAAACACUGGGACUGGCUCAGCACGUGCAGGAUACAAGGGAAAUUAACAGUGAUGAGCGAUCAGUGCUACUGAGAGAGACUCAUUGUCUGGUACAAAAAGUUGGCUUGAAUAGUUGCAUGCAAAGAAAACAUACAGCCUGUGAAACCACCGUGGAACUCUUGUUUGACAGCGUUAUACACUUAGGCUGUAAGCCGUACUUGGACAGCCAACGAGCCGCGUGUAGGUGUCGCUACGAAGAAAAAACCGAUCUUUGAAGAAGAUGCUGCCAAGUGGUGACAACAGAUGAGGACAGAAGAAGAUAACCUUUGACAAAGAGCUAACGUUUUUACAGCCUAAAGUUGCCUUAUUUUCGUGAAAGGAUUAUUUUAAGACCUUACUUUGACAUUAAAACUUCAAACUAAAGAAGCAAAUGCAGGUUAUCUUCCCAGACGUUGCUGCCUUAGUAUGCCGCAUUGUCUUGACCGGUCACAGAAAGCGGUGCAUGUUAAGGGGAGAAUUUUUUAAAGAAAGAGUAUGACUCGAUUUUCACAACUGUAUUUACCAAAAAAUAAGGUCAAACGUGAAAUUCAUGAUAAGGUAUGUUCAACAUUAUCUUAUUUGGAAAUAUGGUGAAGUCUUCACUUAGAAGUAUGUUUGUUUUCCAUAAAAUUUAAAAUAUACAUAUAUGCCCAGAAGGAGCUGACUUUUAUUUUUGCUCUUUUAAUUAACACAUACUGUACAGUUUUUCCAUAAUCCACUGAAACACAAUGAAUAAGCCACAUUUCUAUGACUGAUGGGACUAGUCACAAGGACAAGGGUAUGUCUGUUUCUCUUGUAAAACUGGAACCAUCUGCUGGGACCUCUUAGGAAGCAAAACUAGCAUAUCUAGGUAUUAAUGUAAUGUGCCUAUAAGAUGACAUGAACAAAAUUCAGAAGCGUAGCCAUUCCCAUUUUAUGAACCACUCAUGGCAAAUGCCAUAUUUUGCUAUAACCUUUGCCUAUUGGAGAAAAGAUGGAUUCAGUAAGACAGAAUGAUGAGUUGUUUAACACACAUCAGAGCAAUAUAAUCUAUUAUGCUUUGGUAUUUACUCCUUAGUACUUGGUCUUCAUAAUAGAUUUGGGGAUAUUUUUAAAAGACCAUAAACCUUUUACUAAUAGCGGCCUUAACAAAAUUGUUCUUGAUAUUGUUCAGUUUUGUUUUUUAAGUCUUUAACUGUGGAAUCAAAAGAGAUGGGAAAACAAGAUAGAAAAAACUGUCUUUUAUAGAGCUCAAUUUGUGCUGAAAAUUAGUAACGCAUAUUUAAGAGCAAAUUCCAGAACUUUAGCUGCCUCUGAAAAUCUCUUCAGCCCCUUGGAAAGCUCAGCUGUGUCCCUCUAACAUUUUUGCUUACCACUGGCUGUUGACUUUCCCUAGCCCGAGCUGUGUAUGUCUUCUGGGUAACCUAUGGCCAAAGUUAUUAAGAUAAACCACUUGGAAAGUCAGAGAAAGAUAAUAGCAGGGGAAAUGGUUCUUUUUAAAUCAUUGAGAACUAAAAUAUGUUUUGGAAAAAGACCACAUUUCCUAACUUGGAAUAUAUGUCAUUGCUAAGAACUUGAUAGCUUCCCCAACUGAGAUGAUGGCGCUCUUCUGCUAACAGAUGUCCUCAGUUAAACAAAGCGAGUGUGUCCCUCAGGACUAAGUAAGCAAACUAGACUCCAGUCAGCAAUAUUUGACCAGGUAGCUUUAAACUUACAAUAGAUUCAUGGAUUUUCUUGGCAACCUUGGCUUUCUCAAGAGGACAAAGUCAGAAUGUCUUUGUAAAAUAUUUAAUUCAUUAUCAUAAAUGUACAGAUAUCAGUAGAAGCAGCUUUUAUGUUCAGAUUUUUAAAAACUUGUCUAGGAAUAAUUUUAGAUUUACCAAAAAGUUGCCAAGAUAGUAUAGAGGCUUCUCAUAUACACUUUAUCCCUAAUGUUAACUAAGGAGCCAACAUUGAUUGGUUCUAUUAAUGCAACUCUAGACUUUAUUUUGGAGAAGGAAAUGGCAACCCACUCCAGUGUUCUUGCCUGGAGAAUCCCAGGGAUGGGGGAGCCUGGUGGGCUGCCAUCUGUGGGGUUGCACAGAGUCGGACAUGACUAAAGCGACUUAGCAGCAGCAGACUUUAUUUGACUUACACUAGUUUUUCCACUAAUGGCAUUUUUCUUUUCCAGGAUCCACUCUAGGAUACCACGCUGCAGUUAGUCAUCAUGUCUAAUUAGCCUCUAGUCUGUGAUGGUUCCUCUGUCUUUCCUUAUUUUUCAUAACCUUGACAGUUUUGAGAAGUACCAGUCAGGUAUCCUGUAGAAUGUCCCUCAAUUUGGGUUAGUCUUUCCUUGUGUUUGGACUAGGGUUAUAGAUUUUUAGCAAGAAAACCAAGAGUUGACCAGUUCUUCUCAUCAAAUCAUAUUGGUUGUUGAUUGUUACCAGCUCGUUAGGUUAACUCUAGACAUUUGGUUAAGGUAGUAAUCGUUAGUUUUCUCCACUCUAAAGUUACUAUUUUUUCCCUUCCUAUGCUUCUGUUCUUUGGAAACCAGUCACCAAGUCCUGGUUGUGGUAGGUGGGGGAUGGGCAAGAUUACAUUCCACAUUUUGAUAAGGAAUUUUAUCUAGAUAUACUACUUGAAAUUCUUGUUAAUCUCCCCCUCACCCACUUAUUAUUCAGUUAUUUGUAUUAGUAUGGAUUCAUGCUUAUUUCUUUUGUACUCUGGGUAAUAUAUACAAAUCCUUCCAGCUUGGCUGUUGGGAAUCAGGUCAGGUUGACUCUGUAUGUCUUUGACCUGCACCUUCCUUUUAACUUUUGAGCAUCUCCAUACUUUCUAGCCAGAAAGUAGGAAAGUUGCUUCGGGCUCAUCAUCUAUAUUCCCCGCCCCAGCACUAGAAUCAGCAUCUUUUCAAAGGUUACUUUGAUUGAAGAAUGGUUUCCAAUGGCACUUAGAAACCAAGAUCUGGACAGUGGAUAGCUUGUUUCUACUGGGGUGUCACUGCUUCGAGACCCUUCCACCAAACAGAGCUAGGAAAUAUAUGUAUACUAAUCCAUGUACAUGUACAUAUCUGUAAUUACUUAUGUGUAUAUAUAUGUAUUAAGCUGUCUUCACUUGAAUUCUGUACAACAGGGCAUAUAUUUAAGUUUUAAGGAUGGUAUUUUCCUUAUCUACAGAAUAUAUUAAUGAAAAAAUCACAUGCCAAAAAACUAGCUUUUAGCAGCUCUUUGCAAGACAUAUAUUGAUAUUUUAAAAUAAUAAAACUAUAUUGCCUUCAAAC